AUGUCGCUUCACUCAACUGCUUCUGCUCCCUAUCUUCUACUUCUUUCCCUAAGUCAUUCAACUAUAGACGCAGAAACAACCAAGUCUGUCAAGAAGAAAACUCGCCGCCUCUCAAAGAUGAAAAAGCUUCCUCCUGAGAUCAUCUGCCAAAUCCUCAACGACCUCACCCCCUCGUCACUCAAAGCCAUCCGCAUAUGCUGGCGUUUCCUCGAACCCUUCAUCCUCCCUCGCCUCUUUCACACUAUUAAGAUCAACUUUGCUGAAAAGCAAAUCAAGAGACUUCAAGGCAUAGCCCUAUCACCAAACCUCGCCCCUCUCGUCCAACAACUGAUUUGGACAACUUCUGGCACACGCGAUACACAUGAUGACCCCCACGGACAUGUAAACACCUGGGCCGGCCAUGAAGACUACAUCAAGGAAACUUGGCCCCAAGAUCUUGACCCAGAGAGAGACGAGAUAGACGGACUCGUGUACGCCUUGUGGCCCGCCAUGUGCCGGUCUCAGUCGAGAAUCACUUCAUUUAGGUGUCAAGAUCCCUUGAACUACAUGAGAUGGCUUAAUUACGAGUGUCUACAAGCCAUGGGAGGUCUACACACUGAGCUACCUGCCUCGUUCCCUGCCAGUCCUCUCCGAGCAACGGUCGGCCUAUUGUUCAGAAAAGAGCUGAGCCUUUCCAAUCCAAUUCCUCGUAGGGACUUUGUCAUACGCCUAAUCAUGGCUCAACUUCCCAUGAUUGGCCCGCAUCCCGCCUCUACCGUGGCUUGGAAACGACCAUUGAGGAGUCUCGGCGGGUUGGAUCUUCGGAUUGAUUCGGCGGGAGGCCACUGGAGGGGGCCUCCCAGCUCAGAGGGAAUGCUGAAGUACUUUCUAACGGAAGCUAGCAACAUUCGCGAGUUGUCGUUGCGAUUCAGACCAACCGGAACCUAUCCCAGGCCAACCAGCCAUUCAAAGUGGGUGUUGCAGGCGGUGCUAUGUUGUGGAUGGGAGUUUUUACAAACCAUCAAGAUCAGUUUUGCCAUGUUGCCGACCUCCCAGCCCUUGUUCAAAUUCAUGGAAGGCCAUGCAAAGACUCUGAAGCAUAUUCUGCUACACCAAUGUUCCGCCAAUGAGGACAUUAUCGAGAUCAUCAGGGGUGCGGCAAAGGUGAAGGAUAUCAAGCUGCACCGUUUCCUCGUUUUCCCCUCUUGUGAAGGGCGCCUCGAGGUAGAUGAGCCCCGAAUCAUACCUGAGCGGCUCGUCCUCGACUUUAUCAACAACAAGGAUCCGUCUCUGGAUCCCUUUGACGAAUGGAUGCCCGGCAAAAGUUGUAACUGGGGGACAAUAGCCCAGAAGGCAGCCUCCGUAUCCGAAGAAUGGCCAAAGGACGACGGGAUGCAUUUCACUUGCAGACAAUGUACAGACCAAGUUCAAGAGGCUGCGUCUAAACAGAGAUUCGUGGAUGGAGAGUGCUAUGAUGGAGAAAGCGGCGUAUACCGCUCUCUGAACAAAAGUUGA